ACAAAGGAAACAUGUAAAUGAGUGCAAAAAUUAUCGUCCAAAUAUAGGGAAUAUAAAUCUAGAAAAAAAAAAUUUUAAAAAAAAAGAGGAGGAGAGGAGAUGAAGGGAAUUAGAGGGAGGGAAUAUCCACAAGCUCCGUCUAUGGCGGCCAACAACUAUUUCCAACGAAACCAAGCUCAUCUUCACCACCAUCGAUACCAUGGCUUUCUCCACCAUCACCUGUAACAAAAAAAAUGUGACAAAACAAGAAACAGAGAAGAAGAAGUGAAGCAGACAAGGGGAGAGAAGAUUCAGAUUUAAUAAAUAAAUUUUAAUAAAGGAAACAAAAUCGAAGAAACUCGAAGGAAAAGUUUCGUCUUUGAACUCUUUCUCCCCCGUGUCUCCUUCAAAGCUGGGUCCCCUUUGAUUUUUCAAUUUAGUUUUCCUCAAAUCCACACAAAAAAGUAUCUUUUUUUUUUUAACUGUAAUCGAUCGAUCGAUCGAUCUUUCUGAGGGGUUUCCAGUGUGGCGCUUCCUGGUCUCUGGGUUUGAUUUUGGAACCGUUUACUCUUUUUCUCUGUUCCUGGGAAUUUUUCUUUCGCUUUUUCCUUUUUCCGGCCGCGAAUAUUCUUCCCUUUUUCCGGGAAAAUUUCUUUUUUUUUUCUGUGGGAAUAUUCGUAAAUGUGGGGGGCCGCGACUGAGCCAGCAGAUUCUUACUACCAGGUUCGGCCUGAGUGCACCGAUGUCGCCAGGACCCGAUUCAAGAUCAAGCCGGGUAAAACUCUAAGUAUAAGAAAAUGGCAGGCUGCAUUUACCCAAGAAGGUUACCUCGAUAUCGGCAAGACUCUGAGCCGAAUCCAACGUGGGGGGGUCCAUCCAUCUAUUAGAGGAGAAGUCUGGGAAUUCCUGCUUGGUUGUUAUGAUCCAAAGAGCACAUUCGAAGACAGAGAGGGAAUCCGACAACAUAGAAGACUGCAGUAUGCUUCCUGGAAGGAAGAAUGCAAGCGGAUGUUUCCUGUCGUUGGAAGCGGUAGAUUUAUUACUGCGCCUGUAAUUACCGAAGACGGUAAACCCAUUUAUGAUCCUCUGGUGCUUCAAGAAACAAAUUCAGGACCUGAUUCAAAUGGUUCAGAUUUUUUUAAAGAGCUUACGAGUCGCGGGCCUUUGGGCAAGAAAGUAAUCCAAUGGAUGCUUACGCUUCACCAGAUAGGUCUUGAUGUAAAUCGCACGGAUAGGAGUUUGGUGUUUUACGAGAUGAAGGAAAACUUGUCCAAACUCUGGGAUAUUCUGGCUGUUUAUGCUUGGAUAGACACGGACGUCGGGUAUUGCCAAGGAAUGAGCGAUCUCUGUUCCCCGAUGAUUAUGCUUCUCGAAGACGAAGCUGAUUCAUUUUGGUGCUUCGAACGUUUGAUGCGCCGUUUGCGAGGAAAUUUCCGGAGCACGGGGAGAUCGGUUGGGGUUGAAGCACAGCUUACCCAUUUGGCUGCAAUCACUCAGGUUGUUGACCCCAAACUUCACCAUCAUUUAGAGAACCUUGGCGGCGGCGAUUAUUUAUUUGCAAUUCGGAUGCUGAUGGUUCAGUUCCGUAGAGAAUUCUCGUUUUGUGACUCGUUGUACCUUUGGGAGAUGAUGUGGGCAUUGGAAUAUGAUCCCGAGUUAUUCGAUUUGUACGAGGAUGCUCAAUUCGGGUGUGAAAAAACCGAAGGUUCCAGAGGUAAACCGAAGUCAAUAAACCAAUGCGGAAAGUACGAGAGAGAAAACAUGAAGAAUGGAGGAAAGGGAACGGAAGCUCCAUUGCCUAUGUCGAUUUUCCUCGUUGCCAGUGUCCUCAAGGACAAGAGCUCGAAGCUAAUGACUGAAGCCCGUGGCCUCGACGAUGUUGUUAAGAUACUUAACGAUAUGACCGGAAACUUGGACGCCAAGAAAGCAUGCAGUGGAGCCAUGAAACUUCACAAGAAAUACCUAAAAAAGGCGAAGAAACCAUAGCAAUGGCGGAAACACACGGUUCUGCAUGAGAACCUUGUGUAUUCUUUGCUAUUUACAUAGUUAAUGAUCAUACCUAAAAUCAAAGAGUAUUUUUUUUUCUUUCCCCUGUUAUGAUACGAUAACUUGGGUCGCAAGCAUCCUCGAAAAAGGUGGGAACGAGAACAGAGACCUCAGAACUCAAAUCUGGAAUCUGAAUUAUAUCUAACUCGAAGUUGUUCAUGCAAAUCUUUGUUGUACUAUUUAUAUAACAGAUCUAGUGUUUUGUAAUA